GAUUGACUCACCUAUGGCUACCUGUCUUGGCAACCGCAACCGGUUGUUUAUUGCCAUACUCUAAGCAAAAUAUUCCUAAAAUGUCGCAAACUAGACACGUUUUCGAAAAACCUCAUCAAAAAUCAUUAAUUUCCAAACCGAUAAGAGGUUCAUCCUGUACUAUAUCGGAUGAAAUACUCAAGUUUGACUACUCUUAUGGAUACGACUGUAAGCGCCCAUUCAAUCUUUGCAAAAUCGAUAACGAUGUUUUGGUGUAUGCGUCAGGAAAUCUGAUACACUUUUUUGAUGUGAGAAAACAAACAAUUGCUACCCGUAGGAGCUCUACGGGUGGUGGAAUCGGCUGCAUUCAGAUAAAUCCCAAUCCAGAACUGUGCCAUCUGACGAUUGGUGAAAAUGGCAGCAACCCACCGAUCAUAAUCUACAGCUAUCCGGAGAUGGCAGUUGUGAACAUCCUGAACAAUGGUACGACCCAAGCAUACAGCCGAGUGGAUUAUAGUUCCGACGGGGAACUACUGGUGUCGCAAGGUUGCGAUCCUGACUACAUGCUAACCGUGUGGAACUGGCGCGAUGGCGAGAUCAUACUGCGCUGCAAGUCGUUUUCGAAUGAUGUCAUAAAUGUCAUGUUUUCACCAUCCGUGCCCGGUCAUCUAACCUCAUGUGGUCUUGGUCAUAUAAAAUUCUGGAAAAUAGCUAAAACCUUCACCGGACUGAAACUGCAAGGAAAGCUUGGUCGAUUCGGAAAAACUGAGAUAUCCGACAUCAUUGGAAUCCUGCCGAUGCCAGAUGAAAAGGUUCUAUCCGGUUGCCAGUGGGGCAAUAUUCUGGUGUGGGAAGCUGGCUUGAUUAAAUUGGAAGUGUGUCGUAAAGGCCGAAAGCCUUGCCACGAGGGACCUAUAACCCAGAUCUGCGUUCGCAAUGGGGAAGUAAUGACCAGCGGAAUGGAUGGAUUCAUACGUAUGUGGUUCUGGGAAACGGUUGAGCUGGCUGAUCCUCCUGAUGAUGAUAGGAUUGUACAAAUCGAACCAGUAAUGGAGUUCAAGGUUGGAACUGAAUACUACAGAAGCGAACUAAUGUGCUUGAUCAAAAAGCAGGGUGAUUUUGAAUGGUAUGCUCAGGACGGCAAUGGAGGCAUUUGGGUUUGUGACAUAACACCGGCUUAUAAACCGGCUGCACCCCAGCAAUUGCUGAAAUGUCAUUCCGGACCUAUAAUGGCCGUUCAAACCAGUCCAACCUCUAGCCACGUGGCUACACUAGGUGCCGAUGGGAGAUUAUUUAUGUAUGACUAUCAGAAGCAGAAACUCAUUUUUAAUCAUCAAUUCAAUUCAAGUGGUCGAACCAUGCUUUGGUUUCCUGUGUCCCUCGAUCCAACAGGGAUGAUUCUAGCCAUUGGGUUUGAAGAUGGGUGCAUUCGAAUCAUUGCUGUUAAUUUAAGUGAGAGUAAAUCAGAAAGCCCAGUAAACCUUAUUCAGAUUAUAAAAUCACACUCCAAAGAAAUCACGGCUCUAACGAUAAAUCACAGAGAGACUGUUCUCGUUUCUGGCUCGAAAGAUAACUCUAUUUUCGUGCAUCAGACUGUACGAAAGUUUCCGAAUGUGACUAUCGAUCCUAUAGGGUUAGUUUACACACCAUCCCCUGUAUAUACCAUAAAUUGGAAACCAAAUGCACCCACAACUGCAAUAAUCGGAUGUCUUCAUGGACAAGUUCUAGAAGUAGAGCUUCCUGAAGAACCAGUCACUUACACUGAUACAUCCUAUCAUCUCAAAAACCUCGACAUAAGACAACUAACAUUUCAAUCGGUAAAAUCGGAAAUCAAAAGAAACAUUCACAUUGCGGAGAUUGAAGAACGAAAGCAGCAGAAACGGGCACGCAAAAUGCAAUCAUUAGAAAGAAUACGCAUAGAGAAUCCGGGUGUAGACAUCGAUGAAGCUGCUUUUUUGAAAGAUUCUGAGGAUGAAGAAGAACUUGAGCCCUUAUACAUACCUAAAAUCCCAAACACUGUUCUUUGGGUACAAUACACAGAGGAAAAUACCCUGUGGCUUUCCAUGGGAGGCUAUGAUGCAGGAUUCGUUUAUGAAUACGGUUUUGAUGAUGAAGAUCCCAUAUCAUGUACACCGGUUCACGGAGCAGAAGGCACCGAAAUUACCACUUAUCUAUACGACCAUAACUAUAUUGUGUUCGGUAUGGGCGACGGCUCCAUUCGUGUAAAUCGCGUGAAAAGUGACUUUCGAGAUCUGACCGAUUAUUGGACACUCAACAUGCACUAUAAUCUGAACGGAAAAGUAACUGGUUUAGCAUUCAGUUUCGAUUAUCAAUACCUAUUCAGUGUCGGAACCGACGGUAACUUGUUUGCCUAUAAGUGGUAUGCAAUUACAGCUCCAAUCGAACCACAGAAAACUAAACCUCUGGAAACGAAACUAGCCAGCAUAGACGACAUUGUAGAUCUGGGGUACCUUUCGUUAGAGGAACAAAAGAUCAAACAAGAAAACGAUAGAAAAGCAAAGUUGCUGAAUGAUCGUAAAAAUGGCGUUCUUGAAACCGUUGCAGUGUAUAGAAAGCAAUUCGAAGCAUUACUUGCCAGAAACGAAGCACUGCCCGAGUGUCAAAGAAUUCCGAUGGAAGAUUUUACCUUGGAUAGAAGAAUUGUUGAUGACUUAGAGCAGGAACUCCAAGCCGAAAUGGAUCUUGUUCGCCAGAGAACGGCCUUCGAUGUUGAAAAGGCUCGACUAUCAGGAGAAAAGCUCAAACGAUUCUUCCUUGAUGGAAUCGAGAGUAUGCCAAUUCAAGUGCUUGGAGUCAACGUGGCAACUUCAGCGAAAUCGUUUCGCAUCAACAAGUUGAACGAAGAAUACCACCAAGCGGUAGCGGAUUUGGAUGAACGAAUUAAGGAAGAAGAGGCCCGCAAGAGACGUUUCAUGGAAAUGUGCAAAACGCCAGAGGAAAGAAUGACGAAGGCUUCCGAAGAACCCAGAUUUGACGUGCGAGAAGACUCACAGCUGGAAACAAGAGAAUCUUUUCUCGAAGGUUUGACUCAAUCAACAAUAGAUUUCAAGCUAGAAUCAAAAAUGAAACGUUUGCUUGCUAAAUACCGCGAGCGGAAAUCUAAAGAGCGCAUCCGGAAGCUGGAGUGGGACGAGCUGAGCGCCAGAAAACCGGACCCCAAUGUUAAUCAUCCCGACGAUGACAUUGCUAUCAAAGAGGCAGCCAGCUCGAUUGGAGAUUACAAGCUGAAAACCGAUCCUGAGUAUAGUCCAAAGGAAGAUUAUCGAGAAACCACACUUACCAAGUAUCGUGAUCUACUGGAAUGUAAAGAAAAAUUGUUUACCCUCAAAAACGAUUACAACAAGCAAGUAUUUGCUCUACGUGAUAAGAAAAUGGAGCUGAUUAAGUAUGUCGAGAAACAAAAGAAGAAGUUACGGAAAAUUCAUGAAGAAAUACCAGAAGAAAAACGAAAAAUGCCUACCGUGGAUAUAAAAACCAAUUCCACUUUAGAAUUUCCAGAAAACGAAUUCAAACUAGAUAAAACAGAGGAAGCAUCCGAUUCUCCGGAUAUCUUGCCCGAGAAGACAUAUUUACAGAAACGUGCUGAGUACUUCGAUGAAAUUCAAAAGUAUGCCCUAGGAUUAGCGCCAUCACCGGACGGGACGCCCUAUGCGCCUCUGGGUACAGAUUGGGAAAAAGAAAUGCGUUACAUACGACUUACGAAAAAAUAUUUUAAACAGGAUAAAAUAAUCAAGAAAAUCAUGGAUCGCGUUACUGAUUUUGACCAACAAUUAGAAAAGCUUGCUGAGAAUCGCAUUCAGGUCGAAGUUGAUGCCAAAUAUCUGGAGAUUUAUCAACUCACGCUCUAUCAAGAACUAUGGAUAUUGAAAGAUUUUGAAAAGAUUGAACGUAAAAUGAUCAACUCCGUGGAAGAAUUAACACUAGAGCGUAACAGCUUGCAAAAAGCUAUAAUCGAAGCACGCCAAUCUGCCGAUCAGUCCAAGCAAGAAAUGGAAAGAAUACGACGACGCCAGAAGACUAUUGUUCAAGAAUUUACUACAAACUGUUCUGACAACACGUUCGCAGUUUUCCUCAAAAGGAUAUUCAAGAAGAAGUAUAGACCUUGUCGGAUCAAUAAUGACCGCUAUGAAACCGAAUCGUCGAGUGAAUAUUCAUCGGAAGACAUUGACGCCUUGGAGAAUGCCGUGGAUGGCGAGGUCAGUAAAAUAUUUCUGGACGAGCAGCCUUGCCCCUUGGGAUGCGAUCCAGAUUUGUACGAAAUGACGAUCAAACUUAGAAACAAGAAAAAUGAGCUGGAAAAAGAGUACUAUGAUGAGAACAAAACACUGAAUGAGACUAUCAAAACAAUGGAAACAAUAAAGAUGAAGAUAUCUCUAGUAGAAACAAGACUCGCUGAUAAAAAUAAGGAAUUAUCGAACUUUCGGCGUGAGAAACAAGCGCGUUUAAAUGACAUAAACACUUUGGUAAUUUUGAAGAUGGAUCAACUGCAGUACUUCAGAACGGAAGCCGAAUUUUACGAUAUUGAAAACAGUUUGCUGUUCAACAAUGAGAAACUAAUGAAGCUGUACGCUCGUGUUGGUCAGCUGGCGAUGGAAACAUUGGAAACAAAACGGAAACAUAGAAUCAAUGUUGUGCAUCUAGCUAGAAUGCGCACAGACAUCAAGUACAUGGAUCAACAAAUUAUUGAGCUUAAAGAGAACAUUGUUGAGGCAAUGAUUAAGAAAUUUGGUAGAGUUAUUAACUUGGAUGAACUGGAGGAAACAAUUUUGAGAAAGUUCGCAUUCGAGAUGAGGGCCAAUAUGGACGAUGUUAAAAAGAGUUAUGCAGAACGAAUUCGGGGCCUUAAAAAUAUUCACUCCAAGAAACAAGAAGAACUGGCAAAAGUUAUCCAAGAAGGGACCGAAAAACUUCACGUCUUAACGGUACUGCAAGAGGAGUACAAUAAUUUAACAAAAAUGUUGGCAAACCAGAAAAGAUUACUGGAAAAAAAAGAACAGGAACCGGUAAACUACGAAGCGGAUCUCGUCAAAUUGAAAGAGAUAGCCAAAGCUCAAAAAGAGCAGAUCAACAUGCUGCAACGAGAGAUUCGCACACUCAGUAUUAAAUGCAAACCACUCAGCGCACAUGGUCCCCAAAUAAACGAGCCCGUUAUGAGCCAAGAAAAACCAACAAGAGUCCCAGAUGAUACGACAUAUCCAAACGUAAUGGAUUCGGCACCACCCAGCACAAGAGCUAGCUCUCCGGAUAACUUUUUAUGUAAUGAGAUAUCCGCUCUGGUCGAUGACUUUCUCACUGACCAUCUUGGAACAGUUGUUCAAAAAUCUGACAUCAAGCGUGUCGUUACCCAUCUGUCCCAUUACUUAUCCAAUAUUAUCGCCAAUUUCGCUCCUGAACACGCGAGUGAUUUACUUCCCCAUAUUAUCGAGAACUUCAAAUCAUUCAUACCUGAGGAACUUCUGCUAACAAUUCCACCCCAAGCCAUUGCCGAGCUUAUCGAGAAUAUCUUUCGCACGUUCAAAGAGGGAUAUGACAUUGACACUAAGGAAAUUCUUAACGAGAUUGUCAACAAUAGCUUAGAAAUGGUUCCCCCGGUUUCUCAAAAUUACUCCCACAAUAUUCUUGCUGACAUCCUCAAGCAAGUGCUGUCGACUCUCCACAUAACAGACGUCAAUCAUCCGGAUACGGUGACUUUUAUAGCCAACGGUCUCAGGAACAAACCCGGCAUCGACCCAGCAGCGGUGAACGUUGAUCUCCUUUCCAGUGAACUGCUUCAGUACUCGACGGAGAAUAUGGUCGAUGACGUCAAUCACAGCACAAUCAAGCUAAUAAUCAGCGGAAUUUUGCAACAAAGCUCGACAUAGGUACAGAUUCCUUUUUAGUAUCACCUGUAUCACCGCGUGAAGUAUAAGGUUCAAUUUGAUCAGCCGGCUAUCGAAACAAUAUUCUGGUAAUAAAGCAUGGUGCAAAACCGCCUAAAGCCAGAUACCAUGCUCCAUUGCUGUGAAAGAUAACCAUAAAUUAAUAAUUAGUUAGACUAGUCCGAAUAUAUCUCGACAAACCAAUGGCCUUAUCAGACGCCCACACAGGUGGUUGCAUGCAAGCGGAAAGCGCGUGGCGGUCAGAGUACAGAGCUUCAGAGACAAUUUCGACUGCCUGUAUCCAUCGCAUGCUCUUAUUAUAUACUUAGAGUUUAGAAAUAAAUUGCAA